AGGUCUCCUGCGCCACGAAUAUGGCCCGGACGGUACUUUUGUGAAGUCAGAAUCAGAAAUCCUCGAGUCCGACGGAUACUAAGUACCUACAAGUGCUGAAUGGAUCGGGAAGUCUGGCGGGACUACUGCUGACCAGCAAGAAAGUCAACGAGGAAGUUAGCUCCAUUAUGUGGAACGAACUUGAAUUCCGUUUCCAGGACGGACAUUAUCCUUACUCCGGCAAUGUUGCAGAACUCGAGCGUUUCGUGAGCAGCGUUUCCCAGCACAAUCUUUCAGCGAUCCGCAAGGUCGUCAUCCACGGCAGUCCGAGGAUGAUGCUGAACUUCUUCGAGCGGGCAACAACAGGCAAAGAGUCAGACCGCAUUCGAAUCGGUGGCUCAGCUCCCCGCAAACUUUCGCGGGGUCUUGAGUUGGAAGUUCGAUUGCCUCACCGUCCGUACUACAAUCGACGGUGGGACUAUGGCUCGGACUGGGAUCUGAAGCUCGAUUGCUGGCGGGAGGUCGUCGGUACCGUGUUGUGGAUGGGCCGGCGUACUCUGGCACACUUCGAUAAUGUGAAGCUGGCGGGCUGCCUCAGCCCAGCUGUGCGUGAAAUGUAUCUUCAAUUGUUGGACGACAUCAAGCACGGGCGACGCACACAGAUUCGCGAUGUCGAUCUCAAGGGGACUUGCCAAUUUGUAGGGUUUAACCAUGCCGAGUGCCCUCGACGCGCUUGCAUCGAGGUUUGGUGCGUGUGCCAAGGUGUUGCAAAGCCUCAAGACCAGGAAGGGUAGGUACGGACCUAGAAUAUCGAGUUUGAGAUUGCGAGGUUGGGAAAUGGUUGUGGUUUUGGGGUCGAGGCGUUUCUCUAGGAGUAUUUUUCUGAGUACUAGAUAUGGAAUUGUACAAUGUGCUCUAAUGUAGGGACUCGAAACAAUGUGGUGUUGUAAUCGAU